CUUAAAGUAAGUUUCCAAAACUGCCUAUAACAUGUAUAAUGAAAAAUUAAGCUAAGAGAAAAAAAAUUUGCAGAAAAUAGGAGAAACUUUUCCUUCUUCUUAGGCUUUUUUGGCUUUCAUGGACAUACAUGGGAUUGCUGCUCUUAUGCAAUCAUGAGUCUUAUUGCCAUCAUGACUACACUUGGAAAUUUUCUUUUUUAAUCCCCCCUCUCUUCUUCUCUCUAGCCAGGCCACCACAUGCCCACCCUUUCCUCUCUUGAAACUCACAUUGAAAAUUCCACAAAAUCUCACCUAUUUAUACAACACACUUUUUGUACUAAACUCUCCAAACCCAACUGUGAUCGAUCCAUAUCAGAUUUUCAUAGAAUAACUCAUUCCCACAUAAAUAUAGAAAAACCCUUUCAUCAUCUUCUUCCUCUUCUUCUCGUUCUCCUUCUGAUCUUGUUCAAGAAAUCAAUAUAUACAAGAAUGUGUGUAACAUCACAUAAUAUAAACUACUUUUACAUGCACACCAAGCAAUCCAAACGAUGUAGGAUUCACAGGCUUACGAGGAGGAUGAGGUGUGAAGAAGAUGUUGGAAAAGAAAUGGUGUUGAAGAACUUGAAGCUGUAUAUUGAGAACAUGAGCAUAAUAGAAGAGAAUGAGAGAUUAAGGAAGAAAGCAAGUCUUCUUCACCAAGAGAAUCUUGAGUUGAUGUCCGAACUUCAGAAGAAGUUUUCUCAAUCCAAAUCUCAUCCACCUGUUUCCACACCAGCCCUUCUUAAUUAAUAUGAUCUGGUUUGCUUUGCCAGAAAGCAAAUGAUAGUGGAGUGAAAAAAAAUUUCAUUCGUUUCACUUCAUUCCAGGCUUCCAGCUGCCAAUUCUGUUUCUUGAUCUCUUUUUGUGUAAAAAAAAUUAGUUCUACUCGAUCGUAUUCAGCUUUUUUUUUUUGGGUUUUUUUUUUAUUUAUAUAUUCUAGUACGCAAACUAGAAUAAAGAGUAGAAGAAAAUGAGGAAGACGAGGAUGGAUUUGUGGUCAUUUUUCUAAUAUGAUCUCAUAAUAUUUGCCACAAACCAUUUAGUGUCCAAAAUUCGAAUUUGUUUUUAGAAAAAAUCUGAUUGGAAGUGUAGAAACAAAAAAAGAUUGAAUGUUUAUGAUCGAUUUUUGCCUUCACAACUUUCAAGUUAACAAAACUGGCAAUAAGCUAGGAUAAAUAUUUGAGACCUUUUAAUUCUUUUGGCCUUAGAUGUUUUUUCUGCAUGGAAAUGUGGUUUAUUUUUUAUUUAAUAGUUGCAUACAGUUAGCUACAGACAUGCUUUGGUUAGCAAAAAGAAAGUGAAGUAGAAAGAUGCCGGCCGUGGAAUAUUCAUCCGUCUUUCUUCUCCGAACAGAUGAAAAGAGAUAAGAAUUAAUCGUCUAGUCGGUUGUGUUUGAAAAGAAGUACAGUAUCGAAUAAUUUGAGGAUGUUAAAAGUUUGAAGAAAAAGGGCUGACACAGAACUAGAAACGGUCAUCAACAAUCCAAGUGCAAAUUUGGAGUAUUUGACAACUUCAUUGCUUCCUAUGGAAUUUCUUGAGGAAAAUCACUAAAAAAGAGAAGAGGGAUUUGAGGCAGUUAACUUGUACUCCCUCCGUCCCAUAAUUAUUGUUCAGUUUGGGUUUUCAUUUUUAGUUCAAAUUGUACUGAAAGUGAAAUCUUAAACUGGACAAUAAUUUUGGGACAGAGGGAAUACAAGCUAAACUUUGGGGUCCGAUUAAUUAAGAUCUCUUUUUGUCUCAUGAUUUAUAGUUUUGUACAACAACAAUGCGUAUCGGUGUAAAACUUAUACAUGAUAAAUACUCCCCAUUUUGUACUAUGUGUUUCAUUCAAUUGUUACUCAAGACCACACAAAGUGAAACAAAUGAUCACAUUAUAUAAGUGAGAUUGGGUUUGAUCAAUCCCCAAGGCACAAAGGGUGGUAAAAAUUUUAAACAAAGCAACAAUGACUUGCAGAGAGAAAUAAUCAUCAAAGAGACACAAAG